AUGGCAGCCGCAAAGGGGUCCAAGGCCUCUUCUUCAACUCCAAAAGCCAAGCGGCCAUCAACCACGGGUCUCAGUGGCACACCCAGCCCGGAAGCAGUCGAAACGUCCGACUUGCUUCAAGCACAGACACGGCGGCUUUCAGACGCGAACGGCGAUGCAGCCAGCGCUGGCACAGGCAAGGAUGCGCUGCUUAACCCAGCAUCGACGCCCAUCGACGGCAAGAGUGGCGUCUCGGUCUCGGAAAAGCAGGCAAGUCAGGAAGCUUCCGGGUUCAUGGAUCUCUCACCACAAGACCAACGCGCCAUGAUCCUCCUCGUCGUUCUCUAUCUCUUGCAAGGCGUGCCUGUCGGUCUGGCUUUUGGUACCAUGCCAUUCUUGCUCAAGUCCAAGCUGAGCUAUGGCGACAUUGGCUUCUUCAUGCUCUGCACCUAUCCUUACUCGCUCAAGCUCUUUUGGAGUCCCAUUGUCGACUCGACCUUUGUCAACGAGCUGCAGCUGCCGCUUCUCGGCAAGAUCUCGCUCGGUCGUCGCAAGAGCUGGAUCGUGCCCAUUCAAGCUGUCGUUGGCGUCAUGUUCUGGUACCUCUCGAGCAACGUCGAUCAGCUUUUGCUGGCUGACCUGCCCAACGUGAAGCUCAUCACGUUGAUCUUUUUCGUGCUCAUCCUCUUUGCUGCUACCCAAGAUAUUGCCGUCGACGGGUGGGCCUUGACGUUGCUCUCGCAGGAAAACCUGUCGUAUGCCAGCACGGCGCAGACCGUGGGUCUCAACUCGGGCUACUUUCUCAGUUUCACUGUGUUCUUGGCCUUCAACUCGGUCGAAUUUAGCAACAAGUACUUCCGCUCCACACCGCUCGACUAUCCGCUGCUCUCGCUGUCCGCCUACAUGCGUUUCUGGGCGGUCGGAUUCCUGCUGGUGACCGCCUGGUUGGUGGUGUUCAAGAAGGAGGACCAAGAAGCCGACGAUGCACCGGACAUGGACGUCAAGCAGGUCUACUCGAUCAUGUGGAGGAUCUGCCGUCUCAAGCACGUGCAGACCUUCAUCUUCAUCCACCUCGUCGCCAAGAUCGGUUUUCAAGCUAAUGAAGCCGUCACGGGUCUCAAGCUGGUUGAAAACGGGUUUGGCAAGGAGGAUCUGGCGUUAGCCGUGCUUAUCGACUUCCCGUUCCAGCUCAUCUUUGGCUACCUCGCAGCUAGGUGGAGCAAAGGUGAUCGCGCUUUGCAGCCUUGGCUCGUGGCGUUUUUCUUCCGGCUCGGUUUUGCGGUGCUCUCCAUGGCCAUCGUACACGGGAUGCCCAAGGCACCUAUCGGCAAAGGCUACUUUUUCAUCGUCAUUGCCAGCACUGUUGCCGGCAGCUUCGCAUCCACGGUCCAGUUCGUCGGUAUCUCGGCGUUCCACACCCAGAUCGCCGACCCUUUGAUUGGCGGAACGUACAUGACGCUGCUCAACACCGUCUCGAACCUCGGCGGCACGUGGCCACGCUACUUUGUGCUCAAAGCCGUCGAUCUGUUUACAAUUUCCAGCUGCCAACCGCCGUCGAGCUCUUCGCUGCUCAAAGAUCCCGAGAUCGCCAAACUGUGGGCCACCGCUUCGAAGGGGAUUGGAGGCAACGAGUGCACUUCGGAUCUGGGCAAGGCGGCGUGUUCGGCGGCAGGUGGGGAGUGCUACAUUGAACGCGAUGGGUAUUACUGGACAUCUACGCUCUGCGUCGUUGUGGGGACGGUGUUGUUGGUGACAUUUAUCAUUCCAGCGUGUCGCAAGCUACAGGCACUGCCGCCGAGCGCAUGGCGUGUCAAUCUGCAGUCCAAGAAUAAGUAA